AUGGCCAGCUACGGUCGCGCUUCAUACCCAGAAACGAAAACAGCCGAAACUCUGCUGUUCCGCUCCCACAGAUUUGAGGCCCUUCAAGAGUACGCACACUGUUCAGCUGCCUCUAUAAUUCAGCUUGCUUGUGUCGUAGCAUUGAAGGCAUACGCAUCAGUUGAGUCCAUCAACUUCUUAGGAGAGGAUCAGAAGUGGUUACUUUGGAACACUCCCUUGUCCCCAAAGAGCCGCAUCUUCGAACUUCUCUGCAAGCCAAAGGUUGCAAGUGCCGACUCUGUGACUAUCUCGAAGGCCAAUCUCACAGAGUAUGCUCUCAUUGUAUCGUCCUUCCGUGAUGGAUGUCCCCUGGACAUGGCACAAGAGGCCCUUCCGUCUCUACAUGCUGUGAAAACCGUACACCCGCAGACAGUCAUGGCCUUUACUGCGGGCCAAGAUCCGCUCUCUCAUAGUCUUCUUGUACGAUGCGAAUAUUCAGAGACGACCCACUCAGACUGGCGUGCGAGAAAGAUACUAUCAACAUUUCGCAAUGCACUCGAAAGCAUCAUCGCCCAGCCGAAUGCCAAUUUGUGUGAUCUCGAUCUCCUGGAUGAAGGCGACCAUCACCAAUACAAUGUCUGGAACCAGCUCCACUCGGAUCAUGAAAAAGUCUCUGUACAAGACAUGAUUGCAAGUCAUGUUCAUGGGUCACCUCUGAACAUAGCUGUUGAUGCGUGGGAUGGUACUCUGUCUUACGCAGAGUUAGACGAGAAGUCAAGCAAUAUCGCCAACGAGCUUGUCAGGCGAGGCGUCCGAGCCGAGUCCAAGGUUGCUCUAUUAUUCGAGAAGAGUGUAUGGAACAUUGUGGCAACGGUGGCUGUUCUCAAAGCCGGCGGUGCGUUUGUGCCCUUGGAUCCAUUCCAGCCGGACGGCCGAAUCUCAAACCUCCUCGAUAAGAUUCAGCCAAAGACUGUGCUGAGCUCCAAGACAUACACCGAGCGUUUACGUGCGCUAUCGAGAAACAUUCUGUGCGUUGAAGAGCAAUCAACACAGCAGCUAUUUGGGCUUGCAACUGCACCCUUUCCUUCACCAAGACCUUGGGAUCUGGCUUACAUCAUGUUCACUUCCGGAAGCACCGGAGAACCAAAAGGGGUGAUGGUUGACAAUGCCGCCUGCUCUUCCAGUAUCGCCGCCCACGGAAAAGCCACAGGAUUCAACAGACAGACGAGGGUCAUCCAAUACGCUCGUCAUACCUUCGACGCGUCUAUCGCCGAAAUCCUCACGACUCUCAGCUUCGGUGGCUGCAUUGUUAUCCCGUCUGAAGACGAGAGAUUGAACGAAAUCACCAGUGUCAUGAAGCUAAAGAGGGUAAAUUGGGCAUUCUUUACGCCUUCUGUGAUCCGACUUCUUGAACCGUCCGAGUUACCCGGACUGACAACCUUGUUAUUGGGCGGCGAAGCUGUCGGUCAAGAUAAUAUCGAGAAAUGGGGGCGCGGACGCAGUCUCAUCAAUGCAUUUGGGCCUACUGAGAACACUGUCUUCUCGACUAUGCACCUUGUUCGAUCCAAUGGGAACCCCGGAGUUAUAGGACGUGGGAUUGGAACCUUUUGCUGGAUCGUCGUACCAGACGACCCUACUCGGUUGUCACCUCUUGGUGCCGUUGGAGAGCUGGUUCUUGAAGGUCCCCAGCUGGCGAGGGGCUACCUGAAUUUUGAGGAGGGCGAAGGGCCUAACAAUGCCUUCGUUCGUGAUCCUCCUUGGCUCGCCAACACAAUCGACGAGGACGGCUUUAUCGGACAGGGGACUUGUGCCGCUUUGACCAGAAUGCGGCUGGAAGCCUCCGAAGUUGAAUAUCAUCUGCGCUCAGCGUUUAAGACUCAGAGUGUUGUUGUGGACGUCGUCACGAGGCCAAGUUAUGGAUCGAAAAAGAACGCCAAAGUGCUGGUGGCCUUCAUUUGCCAACGAGGAAACGCCGGGAGUGACUCCGUCGAUGGCAGAUACGUCAUGCCCAGACAGAUUACAGCUCUUCGGAAGAUGAUACCGAAGGUUGAAGCUAUGAUUUCCAGCGUUCUUCCCUCCUGGAUGUGUCCCUCCCUCUACAUACCUCUUUUUAGCCUGCCUCUCACCACCAAUGGCAAGGUUGAUCUCAAGCGUUUACGCCGGGAAGUUGACGACCUCCGUCCAGAGCAGUUCUAUGGUUUCUCUGAGUUGGGCCUGGAGGAUGACACUGAAGAAGCUGCGAACGAGAAUACCGAGCUCCAACACGUAAUGCGCGGUCUUUGGGCCGGCGUUCUCGGAAUCUCCGAGGGCAUGCUAUCGGCCAGCAGCAAUUUCUUACGCCUCGGUGGAGAUUCUAUGGCCGUGAUAUCGCUAGUGUCGGCUGCGCGUAAAAGCGGCCUCGCGCUGGAAUUCGCACAAGUCUUCAAGAAUCCAAUCUUGGGAGACCUCUGUCAGCUUCCCCUGCUCCAGUCCAAGAAGUCCAUGAUUACUACACGACCCAUGGAACUUCUAGAUGGGGAAUCUGUGGCUCUUACAGAGAUUGCCGAGGAGUGUUCCAUCAUUAUAGAGGACAUUGAAGACGCUUUUCCCUGCACACCCCUACAGGAGGGUCUCAUGGCCAUGUCUUCCACAACUGCCAAUUCAUUCCUGGUCCAGUAUGUGCUUCAGCUUGGGGCAGAUGUCGAUGUCGCAAGCUUGAAAAACGCGUGGAAUCUAGUUUCCAAAUCACACGGCAUCCUACGCACUCGUCUGGUAGACACAUCGACAUCUGGCAUCCAGCAAGUUGUCGUACGCGAGGCCCUGCGUUGGAAUGAAAGCUUCAAUCUUGAUGAAUAUCUAGACUUUGACCUGAAGAAGGUGUCAAAAUUCGGGGUUCCGCUCAAUCGAUACGGCAUCAUCUAUGAUACCAAUGGUCUAGCAUCGAGCAUGGUCUGGACUGUGCAUCACGCUAUUGUCGAUGGUCACUCUGUCGGACUCACCCUGCGGGCAGUGAGGGACGCCUUCACAAAUUCUUUUGAAGCUACGAAAGCUUCUUUCUCUUCAUUCAUCAAAUUUUCCCGGACUUCAGCAUCAGAAUUGUCAACUCAAUAUUGGAAGUCAGUCUUUGAGGGAGGAGAGUAUGAGCAAUUCCCAAGGAAGCCGCCUUGCAUUGUUUCUGCCAACGCGAAUCCAGAGAAAGCAUUCGUUCUUCGUAAUAUGGCCCUUCCCACAUCCGGCUUGGAUGUGACUGCGACAACUAUCUUGCGUGCAGCCUGGGCACUUGUCAUCAGCCGCUUCAGCGGGUCCAGCAAUGCCGUCUUUGGGGUCACGUCAUCGGGAAGGAAUGCUUCAUUUGACGGAAUCGAGACCGUUAUGGGUCCAGUCAUUGCGACUGUUCCGUUGCGGGUUAAUUGUGAUCGAAGUCAGACCGUGAUCGAUUUUCUCACCGGGCUUCAGACGGCCACUAUCGACAUGAUCCCCUUCGAGCAGAUGGGCAUCCAGAACAUAUCUCGCAUAGAUGCCAAAUGCAAGGCCGCCUGUGAGUUUCAGAGCAUGAUGAUCAUUCAGCCUGAAGUGGACAUGGCCAUGGAUGGUGCCCCUUUCACUGCUUUUGAGCGACCACAAGACAUUGACAAAUUCAACUCCCACGCCGUCAUGGUUGAGUGCAGUCUCCAGGAGACUUCGGUUCACGUCAACUUCAACUAUGACACCGAGUACCUUGACCAUUCCCAAGCUUCCAGACUGGUGGACUAUUUCGACACUGCACUGGAGUUCUUAGUCGCAAGUCAAACCACACGUCUCGAGACAUUCUUUGCCCAACCUUCGGCCGAAGAUAUCAAGCAGAUGCAAGCUUGGAACCAAAAACGGCCCUACACCACCGAAGCCUGCGUUCAUCAAUUGUUUGAGACUCAAGCCCAGAUCCAACCAAAUGCACAGGCAAUCUUUUCUUGGGAUGGAUAUCUCAGCUUUUCGGAACUUGACAAGAAAGCUUCACAAUUGGCUCGAGUUCUUGUGGAUUUGGGUGUUGGCCCAGAGAGCAAAGUGGUGUAUUGCUUCGAAAAGACUCUCUACACUGUUGUGUCUAUGCUGGCUAUCCUGAAGGCUGGGGGCGCAAUGGUUCCCCUCGACCCUGCCUACCCAUUGGAGCGCAAAUCUUGCAUUGUCCAGAGCGUUGUCGCUAAAGUUGUCGUGGUAUCUUCCUCUCAAGCAGAUUCAUUCUCUGGAUUAGACACUCCAGUAGUGACCGUGAAUCGGGCUCUGUUAGAGAACAUGGACAAGCUGCACGUUGAAGCCUUCUCGAGCGCAGAAGUCCGACCUCACCAUGCUGCCACAGUUCUGUUCACCUCUGGCAGUACGGGGCUGCCGAAAGGUGUUGUGCAAGAACAUCGCACUCUUUGUUCCGCAGCAAAUGCUCAGUCGGGAGGCAUGCAAAUGUUCAAGGGCUCGAGAAUUCUCCAAUUUUCAGCUCAUGUUUUUGAUGUCAGUGUCAUUGAGAUUGUCAAUGCACUGGUUUUGGGAGCCUGUAUCUGCAUUCCAUCUGAUGAAGACAGGCUGAACAACCUUGCUGGAUUUGUGACAGAAUCCCAAGCAGACUGGGCCUUCUUCACGCCGUCCUUCGCACGCACCCUUGAUCCUGGCGACCUGCCAAGCUUGAAGACAGUCUGCAUGGGCGGCGAGGCCAUGACCGUCGACAACAUCGAGACCUGGGCUAGUCGCGUCCAACUCAUCAACGCCUAUGGGCCCUGCGAGGGUAGCGUAUGUACUGUGACUCGAAUGAGUAACGUGGAGUUCCUUGUGGGUGACAGUAUUGGCCAUGGUCUAAAUUGUCAUGUCUGGAUCGUGGAUCCCGAUACCCACGAAAGACUGCUUCCCAUUGGAAGCAUUGGUGAGAUCCUGAUCGAUGGACCCAGUGUUGCUCGCGGAUAUCUAGGGGACCCGGAGAAAACUAGCAAGUCGUUCAUCGCCGACCCCUCGUGGACGAGUAAUCUCAAUUUUGGAGAAGAAUCAAGGAGGAUGUACAAGACUGGAGAUCUCGGCAGAUUCAACUCAGAUGGCUCAGUUUCAUACCUCGGACGCAAAGAUACCCAGAUCAAGCUUCGCGGUCAAAGAAUUGAGCUGGGAGAGAUCGAACAUCGACUCAUCGACAUCCUCCCAGCUGGCUCUCUUGUAGCCGUUGAUGUCUUGUCUCUUUCGAGAUCCUCCAGCAAGCAUUUGGUUGCGUUUAUUCAGCUUGGCGGUCUAUUUGACAACUUCUCAGAGCGUAAGAACGCUGUUGAUGAUAUGGCGAGCCAACUGAAGACGGAGCUGUUAUCCGUUCUGCCUAUCUACAUGGUACCUGCUCACUUUCAAUGUCUUGAGUCUCUGCCAUUCGGUACGACUGGGAAGCUCGAUCGGCGAAAACUCAAAGAAUACGCCGCAAACUUGGAUACUCUGCAUGGUCUGGGUACUGCUCCAAAUGAGGGCGAAUGCAGAGACUUCGAGUUUGGAGGUAGUCUACUUCCUGAUGAAGACAUCGCCUUGUCUAUCAGCAACAAGUUAGCUGAAUUAUUGUCGAGGAAUGACCCAGAAAGAAAGCAGUCCUUGCGUGGGAGUAAUUUCAACCCCUUCUAUGCCGGUAUGGACUCCGUCCAAGUCGUCUCACUUUCUACCUUUGUUCGGAAGACCUAUGGGAUAAGUCUUCCGAUCAAGAAGUACAUGAACAGUGCAGCGACUAUUCGGGAUAUUGCUCGGUGGAUCGCUGAGGAUCGCCAGGUUCCCAAACAGAACGACGGGCUCGAGCUUCUGGAUGAGAUCGAGAAGUAUGACAAGUCGCUUCCAGCACUUCGACCCCAAAACGCAGCAUGGAAUGAGAAGUUCAGCCCAAAAGCGGUAUUUUUGACAGGAGCAACUGGGUUCCUCGGCAAUCAGCUUCUCUGCCAGCUCUUAGAGCGUCCAGGAGUAUCCAAGGUCGUCACUUUGGUGAGAGGUUCAACAGCUGCGCAUGCCACUGAAAGACUUUUCUCGCUUGCGCGUGGCAGUAGCUGGUGGCGCGAGGUAUAUACUUGCCGCAUCGAAGUUUGGCACGGUGAUCUGUCUCUCCCACACCUUGGCCUAGAAGACACGCAAUGGUCUCGACUGGACGGGUCAGGUACUGAAGAUGACUUGAUCGACGCUGUGGUUCAUAACGGUGCAGUUGUCAACUGGAUGGCGGACUAUCAUGCCCUGAUACCGGCCAACACGAUAUCUACCGUUCAACUCCUCACUGCCGUCGCGAGGGCAUGCGCCACCCGACCGGUGCGCUUUACUUAUGUCUCGGGAGGCCAUCUCUCGACUUCCCCUGACAAUGUCAACGAAGUUGCAGAGGAGCUCAAGUCGUACCCAGCAUACAGCCAGACGAAGUUUGUCUCUGAGAUUCUCGUGGCGCGUUUUGCUCAGCGUCUCGCUCAAGCCGGCCAUAGGGCUCUUGUUUCCAUUGUGAAGCCAGGUCUGAUCAUGGGUAGUUCCUCUGAUGGGAUCUCCAAUACAGACGACUUCCUCUGGCGUGUGACAGCCAGUGCCCUUGACAUUGGUCUUCGUGUUGACGAGGACCCCGGCUCGUGGAUAGCUGCGGCCGGUGUUGACCUGGUUGCGAAGAUUAUCCUGGACAGCUGCCUACUCCAAUCCGCCGACUGUGGCGCCAGUGUCUCCAAAAAGAUCUUGAGCGGCGUCAGUCUGGGCGACUACUGGGACAUCGUUGCCAAAGAGACUGGACGUGUCACAGAACCUUCAGACGCAACGAAUUGGUUGGACGCCCUACAGUGUGAGGUUGAGGGGAAGGGGUCGAGUCACAGAAUGUGGCCGGUGAUGCACUUCGUUGAGGAUAAAAGAGGCAUUCUUGGCCAGCCUUUAGGUGCAAUGACUGCUGAAGAUCAAGACGAACAUCAAGCUGUUGUUCGAAGAGCUUUGCGAAAGAGCUUGCAGUAUCUAGUAGCCAUUGGGUACAUGAAUACCAGCCGAACGAGUAGCGAGGACGGCGACAAUGCCAGUGAGCCCGGUCUUGUGGUUCCUGGGCCCCUAGUCUUUUCGCGGACUCCGACGACUCCGAUCUGGAACCAGACGACUGAUCCAAAGCGUCUUGGGUAUGGAGACCACAGUGAACAAAAGCUGGGAUUGUCGGUAACAGGUGCGCCGCGAUCUCCGAGUCCCUUGUGCAACAGCCGUAGGGGGAGAUGA